UUUUUAGGAAUAGCAUUCCUUGGAAUUGGACUGUGGGCAUGGAAUGAAAAAGGCGUUCUAUCCAACAUCUCCUCGAUCACUGACCUUGGUGGCUUUGACCCAGUGUGGCUCUUCCUCGUGGUUGGAGGCGUGAUGUUCAUCUUGGGGUUUGCAGGGUGCAUUGGAGCACUGCGGGAGAACACCUUCCUCCUCAAGUUUUUUUCUGUGUUCCUGGGAAUUAUUUUCUUCCUGGAGCUCACUGCUGGGGUUUUGGCAUUUGUUUUCAAAGACUGGAUCAAAGACCAGCUGUAUUUCUUUAUAAACAACAACAUCAGAGCGUACAGGGAUGACAUUGAUUUACAAAACCUCAUAGACUUCACCCAGGAAUAUUGGCAGUGCUGUGGGGCUUUUGGAGCUGAUGAUUGGAACCUAAAUAUUUACUUCAAUUGCACAGAUUCCAACGCAAGCCGAGAGCGAUGCGGUGUGCCGUUCUCCUGCUGUACUAAAGACCCGGCGGAAGAUGUCAUCAACACUCAGUGUGGCUAUGACGCCAGGCAGAAACCAGAAGUUGACCAGCAGAUUGUAAUCUACACGAAGGGCUGUGUGCCUCAGUUUGAGAAGUGGCUGCAGGACAAUUUAACCAUUGUGGCUGGCAUCUUCAUAGGCAUCGCACUGCUGCAGAUUUUUGGGAUAUGCCUGGCCCAGAACUUGGUUAGUGACAUCGAAGCUGUCCGGGCCAGCUGGUAGACCCUGUGCAGCCCCUGCAAGACAUGAGACUGGCCCAGCCCUGCGGUGACACCCAGGCCUCAAGGACCUGUCACCGAGGCAUCCUGUGCCCACCUAGCGGAGCUGCCAAAAGCUUGUUUUGGGGGGUAAAACUGGGAAAUGCUGCUCGCUGACAGAAUUUGUUUUAAAUCCAGUAUGAAAGCUAUUGUGCCGUGAAUCUCUACUGUAGCCAUGAGUUUACGGGUGGACAGAUGCCUGCCAACAAGGAAAAGAAGGGAAGGUGGGGCCCACCUUGACUUAAAUUUGUGCAGAAUCUGGUUCUGUCCACCCCUUGGUGACUGGAGGGCAGGGAGGGCCAGGCUUGCUGGUCACUCCUGCAAGGCCUCAGGGGUCAGCCCCUGGUCGGGCAGUGGUGUUGGGCAUCCUUCUGUCCACUGCAAGAAACUGCUGCAUUCUCAGCCUGCCUGUGGGUCCAGACCCUGCCGUCCUGUAGACCCACUGACCUGGGUGGGUCUGCUGUCCCGGAGCACGGCCUUCGAGAAGUUGUGUGUUCUGUGUCUACCAAGCAGCAUGUCGGAGACUUUGCAACACCUGUUCCAGCAGGACUGAUCUUUUCUCGGAGUAGGCCUGAGCUUUAUUUAUCAUUGAAAUCCAAGGAGAAAAUGAGGUUAAUGAGAGGUGUGAAUUAAAUACUCCUCUACCCCUAACCUACCCAGCUAGUGGUGGAUUCUUUGGAAUACUCUGGAUUGUGUUGUUUUGUCAUGUUUGUGGGUUUUUUGUUUGUUUUUGUUUCCCACAGGUAAAGGGUAUGAUAUGGUCCCUCUUAAAUUUUGCAAGUGUUUUUUUCCACUGGGCUUAAUUUUUUUUUUUUUUUUUUUUUUUUUGGUGUAUGUUUAACUUGCAUGUCCUGUAAAUCUGAAUCUGCCAUCUCCGUUUCCUGCCGUCUUUCUAAAGACAUUCAAAGUGAGGGCAAGCAUUUGUCUCCUGGGGUCACAGGCUCAGGGGAUGUGGCUGUUGUCCAAGCCCGGCCGGGGUGAGCCUGGCUCUGCCAUCUCUUCCUGGGUCAAGCUCGGUGACCUCUUCCAAACCUUCCCCUUCUGUCUCUUUGAAUGGAAUUAAACCCAACUCCAAUAUAGUAUUGACAUAAUCAGAUUCUUCUAAUAUGUUUUCUUCUUAAAGAUUUAAUUUGAUUUUUUAAAAAAUGUCUGGCCAGAGUUCCUGUGUUGUGAGGUAGCCCCUGGGGUGGGGAACAAAGCACAAGCCCUCUGGAGAGGUGUGGAGUUGGCGGGUGUUCUGUGACCAGAGGUGGGGAGCCACGCCAGGUGCUGCGGGCCCUGCCCCACUUCUGGAAGGGCCUGUUUCACGCCCGAGAUUUUAAUCCAGCUGGUGUCCACUGGUGUCCUCCUGUGCGGCAGAUGUCAGUCUGUGGAACACUGAGAAAACCACUGUAUUUCACACCGGUGCCGCAUUUGCCAGCCGUAACCGGCAGCCAGCUUGCGAACUGGGUGGGAAUUGAGCAGAUUGAUCUGGGUGGCUGAUGAGCGAGCGCAUCAGUCUGUUCAGAGAAAGGACGGAAGCGCUGCGUCUCGUCUCCACGGCCGGGGUGUGUGACUGCAUGUGUGUGCUCGUCUCUGUGUAGGUAGAAAUGCUCAUUUCGUAUUCUGGGUGUAAGAGGGUCUUACUGACUCCUGCCCACAGCACAGCGGGCAUCUUGGGAUGUCCUUCCAGCGUGGAGAAGACCAAGCUCUCCAGGUGGCACUUUGUCUUUUUAGCACCUCCUUCUCCAGUGAACUUCAUCUGACCAGUUGAUUCAGAAUCAGGCAGGGUCCCCACGUUCAACACAUCCAGUGUAGGCCAAACAGCGCGUCCAAGUGAGUUUUAAAUUUUAAUUAAUCACUUUUUAUUUUUUACACUUGAGAGUGAUUGUGAUAAAGGCAGUCAUUAAUAAACUCGGUUCUACCUUA